CCUAAUGUUCUGUUUUUUCUCCCUCGUUUACUAUCACUUUCCCUCUGCGUUCGCUUGUUUCUUCUUGCCCCCGGUGUGUCAGUAAGUAAUUAGUUUCAUUUGAGGAAGGUGGGAAAGAGAGAGAACAAAUGGGGAGCGCCCAUUUAUUCCAGUGCUAGUUAGCGAUUUGCUGAGCUGCUGAUUAGUUUAUUAGUUGUGCGAGUAAAGUGAGCCGGAGCUUCAGUAUCAGAGGCGGAUUUACAUCUUACAGACCUGAAUCACACAGAACAGCAUGGCUAAGAAACAUCUGCAUGCUGUGGUGAGGAGCAGAUAAGGAGGACCCAACCACUGAAAUACACCUAUACUCACCAUGAGCAUGUCAGCAGUGCACUCCGCCUCCCCUCCUGCUGAGGAACCAGUGACACCCCCACCCUUGACCACACCUCCUCGCAAAGCUUCAGUCCGGCUCCAGGAGAGGCGGGGCUCUAAUCUGUCUCUCCUGUUGGAUGUGAACACUUUGGGGGUGGAGACUGUCUGUUCUGUCUCCACCCCAAAGGAGGUGUGGCUUCAGCUGCUUCACACCUCCUCACGACCACUCACACACACGCUGCUGCAGGAAGCUGCCAUUGACACAAAUACGCUGAAUGUAGAGUACCAGAAGAUCCCUCCGAACUUUGUGAACGCUGCUGACCUCGAUGUUCCGGGACACAUGAUGAAAGACCGAUACAAAACCAUCCUCCCCAACCCUGAGAGCCGAGUGAUCCUGAGGAACCCGGACGAUGAACCUGGGCCUGAUCGCUACAUCAACGCCAACUACAUCAGGGGCUACAAAGGGGCUCCCAGGGCCUACAUCGCUACCCAGGGGCCCAUGGUGCACACCGUGGGAGACUUCUGGGACAUGGUGUGGCAGGAGAGGAGCAGUAUCAUCGUCAUGGUUACGAGGCUGAAGGAGAACAACGAGAAAUGUGAGGUGUACUGGCCACAGCCGAGAGACAGGACGAAGAGGGUGAAGGAGGAGGACGAAGACACGGAGGAGAAGGACGGGCAGAGGGAGAAGGAAAAUGAAGAGGAAGGAGAGACGAGACGAAUCGGCAGAUUCCUUAUCAAAGUGAAAGACAGCCGAGAGAAAGACGGAUUCACGGUCACAGACAUGGAGAUUCAGCUCCAUUCAGAGUGUCGACACGUCAGACACUACUGGUUCACAUCUUGGCCUGACCAUCAUAUCCCACAAUGCAUAGCUCCAUAUCUAAGGCUGGUGGAAGAGGUGGAGACGUACAGCAAGUCCCUCGUGCCGCCCUCUAGCUCUCAGGAAGUCUCUGCGCCCGCCUCCAGCCCUGGACCAAUCAUCAUCCACUGCAGUGCAGGUAUCGGGCGAACAGGCUGUUUUAUAGCCAGCACUAUCGGCUGUCAGCAGCUCAGAGAAACCGGGCAAGCUGAUGUCCUGGAGACAGUUUGUCAGCUUCGACUCGACAGGGGCGGCAUGAUCCAGACCUCAGAGCAGUACCAGUUCUUGUACUCCACACUGGCCCAGUACAGCUCCCAGCUGCAGCAGAAACAGAACCAGCCUGCCACACUGCCUCAGAGCCAGCAGAACCCAGAGGACCAGGUCAGCAUACAGCUGCAGAACCUCGAGCUACACAGCAAACAGAACAGGAAGAUCUCAUAGAACCUGGAUAACCAGCAGUGUCUUCAGAGAAGUCCAGGAGAAGCAAGGAGAAAGACGCCAGCAGCAGCAGAACUGAUGCACCAGCAGGGGGACGGCUGGGGGAACGAGGAGGAUCCUACAGGGGCCCCAAAGAACUGCUGUUUGGCUCCAAUUUGACUGAACAAGCAGAGAAUAGGAAUAAUUAGAAGAUCAAAAGCAUCAUGUUCAUGACAGACUGAGACUGAAUCAGACUAAUUAAAUAAAAGAAGGCAGGAAUAUUCAUUGGCUUGGCUGUGGUAUUUUUCGAGCAGCUAUUUACCACACACAUUUAUUUGUUUAACUCUAAAUACGGCUGCUAAGUAUGAAGACAUGUUUUAAUAGUCAGAACAUUUGAGGGUAACAAAACAAAUCACAUAGAUCUCUUCAUGAAAUGCGACCAGGACAGUUUGUCACAUCAGCAGUGAGCAUGUUUGACAAUCAGAAAUCAUUUGAUCACCAUGUUUCUCUCUUAUUAUUUGACCCAUUCUGUUAAUUUCUGAAACAAAAACACCUCUUGAGCCUUGUUGAAAUCUGCUGUUUUUUGAUCUCCUUCAGAGACUAAUGUGUAUAAAACAAUCAGAUCAAUAAAUUAUGAAUAUAAAUACUU